CUCAAAGUGGUAAAGUUCCAAAACAAAGAGCCGACGGGAAGCAACUACCAUUCAAUCGCUCUUCUCCCGGAGGCAGCAGUCAGUGCCUACUAGUCAUCUUCUUCCUUCCCUUCUGUAGCCAUAUCUCCUUCAGACAAAUAUGGCGUUCCCCAAAUCCUUUCCAAGAGGUGCCAUGGUCAUAAAACUUGGGCUUUUAGUUCUUUUUCUUCUUGGCGGUAAUUGGGCUUGUGAUGCCAGAGAAUUGAUGACUGGAGAUCUGUCCAGAGAAACUAUUGCUUCUGAUAUUUUGGUUUUGCAAAUAGAACUCAAGGACUCAGAAUGGGAAGUUAGAUCUUCAGAAGAAGUUGGCAAAAAGGAAACUGUGUGCACGUUCUGUGAAGAGCUUGCUGCUGAGGCAAUAAAUUAUCUUCAGGAAAACAAGACUCAGGAGAUCAUUGACAUGCUUCACAAAACCUGCUCGCAGUUACUCCAUUUUGAGCAACAGUGUAUUACUUUGGUGGACUACUAUGUUCCCCUGUUAUUCUCAAAGAUUGAAUCAAUGCAACCAGGGGAUAUCUGCCGAAAGUUGAAUCUAUGUGAACUAAGGACAAUCAAUUCUAGGCUAACAUCAGAGAGUAAGUGUAAAAUUUGUCAUCAUGCUGUUGAAGAAGUUCUUCUCAAGUUCGAAGAUCCAGAAACACAGUUAGAGAUCAUUCGGUUGCUUCUGAAGGCAUGCAAUGCUGUGAAGGGCUAUACAAAAAAGUGCAAGACCAUGGUUUUCGAGUAUGGACCCCUGAUCCUCUUCAAUGCAGAGAAAUUUCUUGAGAAAACGGACAUAUGCACUGCAAUCCGUGCCUGUGAUUCGUCUUCUGGUGGUGAUGGGAAGCAAGCAUUAGCAGUGCAGUAGAACAAAUGUGCUGGCUUUCUGGUUGCAAAGAAGUGCAACUGGAGAAAAUACACAUUAUUGAAAUGUCAUAUCUGUAAACAGAAUUAUUCGCAUAUACUCCUCCCCUCCCCUGUACAACAAACAAACUUUUGUUUUAUUAUACAUUCCAGCUCUCAAAUCAUUUCAUAUGCUCGUCGCCUGUGUAAUAACAAAUUCAUAUUAGUUGCUCAAUUUUGCAAGUAGAACACUCGUCCUAA